CCUCGGCGGUCCGCCUGGGGCAUCAUCCCCGGCCCGCCUGGCCCCGCCAUGGCCAGGCCGCAGAGGACUCCGGCACGCAGUCCCGACAGCAUCGUCGAGGUGAAGAGCAAAUUCGAUGCCGAGUUCCGACGCUUCGCGCUGCCCCGCGCUUCGGUGAGCGGCUUCCAAGAGUUCUCUCGGUUGCUGCGUGCGGUACACCAGAUCCCGGGCCUGGACGUGCUGCUUGGCUAUACGGAUGCUCACGGCAACCUACUGCCCCUCACCAACGACGACAGCCUGCACCGGGCCCUGGCCAGUGGGCCCCCGCCGCUGCGCCUGCUAGUGCAGAAGCGGGCAGAAGCUGAUUCCAGUGGCCUGGCCUUUGCCUCCAACUCUCUGCAGCGGCGCAAGAAAGGGCUCCUACUUCGGCCAGUGGCACCCCUGCGCACGCGGCCACCCCUGCUAAUCAGCCUGCCACAAGAUUUCCGCCAGGUUUCUUCAGUCAUAGAUGUGGACCUACUGCCUGAGACCCACCGACGGGUGCGGCUGCAUAAGCAUGGUUCCGACCGCCCCCUGGGUUUCUACAUCCGAGAUGGCAUGAGUGUGCGCGUAGCUCCCCAGGGCCUGGAACGGGUUCCAGGCAUCUUCAUCUCCCGCCUGGUACGAGGGGGCCUGGCUGAGAGUACAGGGCUGCUGGCAGUCAGUGAUGAGAUCCUCGAGGUCAAUGGCAUUGAGGUAGCUGGGAAGACCUUGGACCAAGUGACAGACAUGAUGGUCGCGAACAGCCACAACCUCAUUGUCACUGUCAAGCCAGCCAAUCAGCGCAAUAAUGUGGUGCGUGGGGCAUCUGGGCGUCUGCCAGGGCCUCCUUCUGCUGGGCCUGGGCCUGCUGGGCCUGAUAGCGACGAUGACAGCAGUGAUCUGAUCAUUGAGAACCGCGAACCUCCCUGUUCCAAUGGGCUGUCUCAGGGGCCUCCGUGCUGGGACCUGCGCCCAAGCCGCCUACUUCCUGAUGCCCGCAGCUCUCUGCCCUCCCUGGAUGAUCAGGAGCAGGCCAGCUCUGGCUGGGGGAGUAGCAUUCAAGGAGAUGGUAGUGGCUUCAGCCUCUGACAGGCAAAGAUGCAGCCCUUGCCCUUCCAGGCUGCUGGGACAUGGCAGGGACUUCCCCAGUGGGGUUUUUUAGCUUGCUCAUGGAGCCCUCUCAG